AUGGUAGAGCUGAAUAGAGAAAUCAUGACUAGAAUUGUAGAUAUUGCUUUACUAAUUGCUAAACAAGGUUUGGCAUUUAGGGGAAAGAGAAAUGAAGCGGCUUAUAAUUUGUCAAAUUUAACUUCAAAUUUAAAUCAAGGGAACUUUUUGGAAAUUGUAAAACUUGUGGCAAAGUAUGACCCAGUGUUACAAACACAUAUAAAUAAUUCCAUAAAAAAAAGUGUAAUUAAACAAGGAAAAACUGGUCGUGGCUCAUAUGUUUUAAAUGGAAAAAUCAAUGAAAGAAUGGUAGCCUUAGUAGAAUCGAAAUCUGGUACCGGAGAAGCGUUGUAUAAUGUCGUGAAAAAAGAAUUAGAAUCCUUAAAUAUCCCUUUAGCUAAUUUAAUCGGAGAAUCAUUUGAUGGCGCUGCUGCUAUGAGCGGCUGUUAUAACGGUUUUCAAGCACAUUUAAAAAAAAUUGCACCCGAAUCUAUAUUUACACAUUGCCACGCUCACUAUUUUUUUUCUGAUUCUUAUAAAAGAACUGGUAUUUGGAAAAAUUUUCUCUCGAAAGAUCAAACUGGAAAUGAUAAAUUGAGAAAAAUUCAAAAAUUGGGUACUAUUAGGUGGAAUAGUAAGGACGCUGCAUUGAAAAAUAUUUUUGGUCCUUGGUCAGAGUCUAGUGAAACUAGUGAUCGAUAUGACGUUUUAUUGGAAUCUUUAUAUUUUUUUAGUUCAGAUAAAUCGAUUGAUUCAUUUACAUCAUCUGAUGCAAGGUUUUUAAUAGAAAAAUGGACAUCUUUUGAAACUAUCAUAACUCCAUUUAUAUUUCUUGAAAUUUUUCAUUAUACUACUGCUGUUUCAAAAUAUCUUCAAUUUAAAGGAUUGGAUUUCAUUACUGUUAUACAUCUAAUUAAGUCUUUACUAAGUGAUAUUAAAAAAGGAUCAUCGAAUUAUGACAAAGUUGAGGAAAAAGCUAUUAAUUGUAUUUCGAGUAAAAACAAUUCUGAUAAAAUUAAAAAACUUGAAAAUAUAUUCAUAGAACAAACAUUUACUAAUAAACGAAGGCCAAAAAUUAAAAAAAUGCCCGAAUUCGCCAAAAAUCCUCAUUUAAUUAAUGACGAUAAUUUAAGAUAUGUUGCUCAAAAAUCAAAUGCCGAAUCUGGAAUCGCAUUAAAAGAAGAGUUUCUUCAAUUUAUAUCAUUUUUUAAUCAGACUUUUAACAAAAUUGUCCAUAAAAGUAACACAAAAUCGCAAAGUGUAAACAAUAGUUCAGCAGAAUUUAGUGAUGAUUUCAAAACGAUUACUUGCAAGUCUGGAAAAGAAGUAGGCUGCUGCAGUUGUCCACCACAUUUGUUGGAAUAUUUAUAUAAAUAUAAUUUACACACAUCAGCAUUUUCAAACUUAUACUUGGCAUACAAAUAUAUUCUCACACUCUCCUGCACUCAAGUAAACUGCGAACGUGCAUUUUCUAAAUUAAAAAUAUUAGAAAACAUAUUGAGGAGUGCAAUGAAGGAGGAGUUAUUAGAAUCUUUAAUGCUAAUUAGCAUAGAAUCAGAUAUGAUUCCAGAAAUUCCAGAAAUCAUAGCUGCUAUUGGAAGAAGUACUGGAAUAUUUAUUCCAUCUCUGUGUGGAGUGACAGAAGAUUUUAACGUAGGAGUUUGUGUGCAUCAGGGGUCGUCUCUAAGCCUUUAUUUAUUCUCUGUGAUAAUGGAUGAAAGUUACGAAAGAUAUACUGGACGAGAUACCAUGAUGUAUGCUGAUGAUAGUUUUGGUAGGAGAAAAUCUGGAAGAAGUUAA